AAUCGACCCUAUCACUUUAAAUCUUCAAUCUCUGGUACAACAGAGAUCAUUAACUGUCAGGUAGCGGAGCGGGGGAAAUAUUACAAUAUUUCACCCGGGAUACUCUCUAGUUUGAGAACAGUUUACAGCCGGUUACUCGUAGUUAUUUAAUACCAAUAAUUCUGUCUACAUAGAUAGGUCUUUCAUAAGCACUUAAUAUUGUUUACCAAAGAAAUGGUGAUGGAGAAGCCAAGUCCCCUGCUUGUAGGGCGGGAGUUUGUGAGGCAGUAUUACACACUCUUAAACAAGGCACCAGAUUUCCUGCACAGGUUUUAUGGGAGGAACUCUUCCUAUGUUCAUGGAGGACUUGACCCAAGUGGGAAGCUGGCAGAGGCAGUGUACGGGCAGGCGGAAAUCCACAAGAAGGUGAUGUCCCUGCAGUUCAGUGAAUGCCACACAAAGAUCAGGCACGUGGACGCCCACGCCACACUGAGUGACGGAGUGGUGGUGCAGGUCCUUGGAGAGCUGUCCAACAAUGGUCAGCCCAUGAGGAAAUUUAUGCAAACGUUUGUGCUCGCUCCAGAGGGCUCAGUGGCAAACAAGUUCUACGUCCACAACGACAUCUUCCGUUAUGAGGACGAGGUCUUUGGAGACUCUGAGGCCGAGCUCGAUGAGGAAUCAGAGGAGGAAGUUGAGGAGGAGCCAGAGGAGAGGCAGCCCUCCCCUGAGCCUCUUCAGGAGAGUCCUAACAGCACCACCUACUACGAACCUCACCCCGUCACUAACGGAGUUGAGGAGCCCAUGGAGGAGCCAGCUCCAGAACCAGAGCCGGAGCCUGAACCAGAGCCCAAAGUAGAGGAGAUAAAGCCUGAAGUAGAUGAGAAGGUUCUGGAAGAGAUGGAGGAGAAAGCACCGUCACCAGUUCCUGUGGAGUCUCCACCAAACACCCAGGAGGCUCCCAAGACUUUCUCCUGGGCCUUGGUGACCAGUAAAAACCUGCCUCCUACCGGCACAGUCACCUCCUCUGGAAUCUCUCCACAUGUUGUUAAAGCUCCAAGCUCACAGCCCAGAGUUGAAGCCAAGCCGGAGACACAGACGGCGCCUCUUCGGCCCAGAGACCAGCGCACACGUGACAGACCGGCCUUCACCCCGCGGGGUCCAAGACCUGAUGGUGUUGCAUCUUCAGAGUCACAAACGGGAAAACCUCACUUGAGUUUUGUUAACAAAGGAGGCCGGGGAGAUGCUGAGUCUGGAGACAUGGACAGCAGGCGGAUCGUCCGGUACCCAGACAGCCACCAGCUGUUUGUUGGUAACCUCCCACACGACAUUGACGAGAGCGAGCUCAAAGAGUUCUUCAUGACGUAUGGAAACGUGGUGGAGCUGCGGAUCAACACGAAAGGCGUUGGAGGGAAACUGCCAAACUUUGGUUUCGUGGUCUUUGACGACUCUGAUCCUGUGCAGAGAAUCCUGGGGGCCAAGCCCAUCAUGUUUCGCGGCGAGGUGCGUCUGAAUGUGGAGGAGAAGAAGACGAGGGCGGUGCGCGAGCGAGAGACCCGUGGCGGAGAUGAACGUCGGGACAUGAGGCGUAACGACCGGGGCCCCGGAGGUUCACGAGGCAUCGCGGGGAGCGGCAUGAUGCGUGAGCGCGACGGGAGGGGACCCCCACCGCGAGGCGGCGCAGCCCCCAAACCCGGCAUGGGCUCCGGAAGAGGCUCAGGCGGGCAGGGAGAGGGCCGCUUUGCCACCCAGCGCCGCUGAAGAGAGCGCCACCUGCAGAACGGAAGUAGUACCGUGUUCUUCAUCUUCAACCGUUCUCGUUAACGAAAAGAAAUCUUCAUGUAUAAACGUAUAUAUUUGUUUUUUUGUUUAUUUUAAAUUUUUGUUCCCUCUUUGCUUUGGAAUGUGACACAGCCUGUCAACCAUUUGUUUGUGAAAUAGACAAAACAAAAAUAAGCAAACAAAAAUUUCGCUUAUUAGUUGUGAGCUGAGCAUCCUUUUCAGGUUUCUCAAGAAUUCACAAACUUUAAUUUGUAAAUUCGUGAAAAAAGGCAAACCAACCAGGAGUAAUCUGCCACAUUAGGAGGGACUGAUGAGACUUUUAACUACGAUAAAACAGCCCAUCAUUUGGAAAAGAGAUUAUAUGCCUUGACUUAACUGGGGCGCUGCUUCACGAAAUCCCUCUAUUGCACAUUUUCUAUGGUAGUUUUCUGCCCGUUACUGUUGGAAAAGAGUGAGAUGCAGUUUUUGUGCAGUUCCAGGGGAAAAGCUUUGCCUUUUACUUUUUUCCUUUUGAGAGACCACUGCUUCAAAAUUGCAUAAUGCACUCAUCAAUAUGCACUAAUGGGUACUUUUGUCGUGUUACAUUGACAUCCACGCUCUGAACGCAGCUGGAGAGACGUGUUGUCGUCUCGAAGCGAUACGACUUACCGGGGCAGGCCUCGCUCACAGCCCAUCUGCUGUGACCAAUGUACUCUCACACUUUGACCCAAAACCACGCUUCAAUUACUGCUGGAUGGACAAGACGACAAGCAAAUCUGCAUUCUAUUUUUUCCUCGUUUAUAAAUCAAAUAAAUAAAAAAGAAAAAAAAGCUCAGAUCUUGGACUUUCACCAAAAGAGUGGGGGGGACGAAGGACAAACAAGAAACAAAGCUGAACAAUAGAAGAGUGGUGAUGACGGCGGCUCGCUCUCUUUUUCUUUUGGAUUUCUCUUCAUGUUUUUUUUCCCCGCCAGCUAGAACCGCAACCCCGGUGGAUGGACGACACCUCCCUCCCCCUCUCCUCCCUCCCUCCCUGUCUUAAGUGCGGAGUGACAGAAUAAAUGUACAGCAAAGAUCAUAGUUUACUGUAUGUUUUGUUUUUGUGUAUAUUUUUCAUUUCUCUCUCGACUUGAUAAAAGCAUGAUGGUGCCUUCUAUUUCACCUUUUUCCAGUCUUACUAAAGUGUGAAGCGGUUCGGGGCUCGCUGCCUCCUCAGAAACAGGAGCUGCUCAUUCUGAACUAUUGUGUACUGGGAGCAGAUUUAAAAAAAAACAACAAAAAAAACAAACUUGCAGUAUUCACAAGGUUUAAGUUUUUUUUCAGGUGCAUAUUUGAUUUUCCAUACUGUUUUACUACCUAAGAUGAUCUGCUGUGAGUUUUGUACAUUUGUUUUGUAUUGUGUCUGUUCUGGGUUUUGUAGAGACAAUAGGUGCCUCCAGUUCUGUUUGAUGUUAAAUGGUUAAGAGGUGCAUCUGAAGAACUGCCCCCACCUUCCCACCCCGACCCCCUAAAACAAGGUACAUUAAAGAGACGGUGAUAUUGAAAUGUUUGGUCCUUGGUUUAACCAGUCGUAGCUCCACAGUCAGUGAUCUCGGCGACCUGAGGUUUGCAGGUUUUUGGAGUAAACGUGUCACUGUGUGAUUCAGACCCUGUCGAUCCUUCACUCUCAGUCUGACGUCGUGUUUCUGCAACUCUCAGCAGCGCUCGGGUUAAAUCCUGGACUCACAGUUUGUCAGACUGUUUCUUCUCUCAGCAGCAGUUUUGUAAUGAUCUGUGGAGGUGGGCCGGCUGCAGCUCCAACCUACACACAAGCAAAUAAUUGUGCUCACUUUUCUAGCCAUUUAUGCAUUUGUAUUUUCAUAUGCUGAUGAUUCAUUGUGCUUAAUUUUACUCAUUUAUUAUUAUUAUUAUUAUUAUUUUUCCAUUCAAGGCAAAGUCUAAUCUAGUCGGCUCCUGUGUUUCUGUUCUUACCACUCGCUCAGUCAGUCAGGAGGGAGGGAGGAAAAACCUGUUGGUUUCAGCUGGAGAGGAAAACAUGACACCAUGAGAUGUUUUUUUAUUUUAUUUUAUUUUGUUGUUAUCUUGCACUGAAAAUGGGAAGUGAAAUUUGAUGUAGCAUUUUCUGGACAAAUAUACUAAUGAGGUCUUCCUUGUCUGGUGGUAUUGCACUAUCUCCAACAUUUCUGGGACAAUCUGUCAGUUUGAACACAACCUCUGUCUCUCUCUUUCUUUCUUUUUCCUCUCCUCCAAAUUUCUCAUCUGGCUACAAAAAGAAAAAAUCAUCAUGAAACAAUGAUUUCUCUCUGUCACAGUUAAACCAGAUCUGAUGAACAGACGUGGCAGAUUAAAUGUAGUUUCUCUCCCUCGUAGUUGGGUUAAAUAUUUUCAGAUGCGAGAACAGUUUUCAGUAGAGAGACUGACUCACUAUUAUUAUUAAAGAGAAAUUCCAGCCCUCUUGAGUGUUUUUUAACAGAUAGUUCUCACGGGUGCCUCGACCCCUCAUGUUUAUUUGUCAGGUAACUGCUGAACUCGGUCGGUCAAGAGAGCGGUGAAGAAGAGCCAUCAUGCUUUCACACCAAUCUUGUGCUUUUACAUCAUAGUGGUGAUGAAAAACUAAAUGUUUGAGCAUAUUAGAUAGUUCUUUUUCACUGAGUUUUUCAAUGACCCACCCUUUUCCCAAACCUUCAAGGAUCCUCAGAAGAAUGAGGGAUAAAGCUGUAGAUGUGGUUGAAAAGCAGCAGAGUGGGUCCUCUUUGUGAAUCAUUCCAGUCUUUUUUUUUCUUUUUUUGAAUGGAAAUAGAAGAAGCUUCUUGACUUUAGCAGGUGUGGUAAACAGUUGGCUGCCAUCUUCAUUUUUACUGUGUUUACCCUUUACUUGUUUGCUAGUACAAAAGUGUUGCAGGUGGAGAUUUUUUUCUUUUGUUUUUUGUUUUAUUUUUUUUUCCUUUCCAUUUUGAAUGUGUUGGACUUAACAUACAAUAAACUACUGAUAUCAGCACCACUAA